AGGCGAGGUCUCGCCCCAGCUUAGCUACGCAGCUGCUAAACAAAGUCUGCCGGUCUUUUGUCACAUAGUGUGGUUCGCCGGGUCAUGGUGCCAGCCUGACUGAGAAGAGGACGCUCCCGGGAGACGAAUGAGGAACCACCUCCUCCUGCUGUUCAAGUACAGGGGCCUGGUGCGCAAAGGGAAGAAAAGCAAAAGACGAAAAUGGCCAAAUUCAAGAUCCGUCCAGCCACUGCCUCGGACUGCAGUGACAUCCUGCGACUGAUCAAGGAACUGGCUAAAUAUGAAUACAUGGAAGAUCAAGUAAUGUUAACUGAGAAAGAUCUCCUAGAGGAUGGUUUCGGAGAGCACCCCUUCUACCACUGCCUGGUUGCGGAAGUGCCUAAAGAGCACUGGACUCCUGAAGGGCACAGCAUUGUUGGUUUCGCCAUGUACUAUUUUACCUAUGAUCCAUGGAUUGGCAAGUUACUGUAUCUUGAAGACUUCUUCGUGAUGAGUGAUUACAGAGGCUUUGGUAUAGGAUCAGAAAUUUUGAAGAAUCUAAGCCAGGUUGCCAUGAAGUGUCGCUGCAGCAGUAUGCACUUCUUGGUUGCAGAGUGGAAUGAACCAUCUAUCAACUUCUACAAACGAAGAGGUGCUUCUGACCUGUCCAGUGAAGAGGGAUGGAGGCUCUUCAAGAUCGACAAAGAGUACUUGCUGAAAAUGGCAGCAGAGGAGUGAGGAGUACUGGUGCAGAUGACGACAACCUCCAUUAUACUUUAGAAUAAAUUCUCAACUUACCUUGCUUUCUAUCUUGUUCGUAGUGAAAUAAUAGCGUGAGCACCCAUUCCAAAGCUUUAUUACCAGUGGCGUUGUUGCAUGUUUGAAAAGCAGUCUGUUUUAAAUGGCAGUCAUGUAUGUGGUUUGGAGGCAGAGUUUUUGAACAUCUUUUGAUGAACAACAAGUUGGUGUGAUCUUACUUUUUAUGAAAAACAAAACUUCAUUCUUGUGAGUCAUUUAAAUGUGUACAAUGUACACACUGGUACUUAGAGUUUCUGUUUUGAUUCUUUUUUAAUAAACUACUCUUUGAUUU